AUGCCUACAAGUGCAGAUUCGGGAGAUGAAGACCCCCCGUCCCCCUUUAAGAAGAAAAAGAAGAAUCAUGAUCUUGUACGAAGAGCAGCAGAUCUAGAAAAGUCAAAGGAGGAUAACGUAAAAGAGUUGAAAAAUAAGGUGAGGAGUUUAGCUUUACAGGCAAACCCUAGUGAGCCUCUAAUUCUCCUUAGUCUUGACGAGUUGGCAAAAAAGGCGAGAAGGCAAAACGAUGAUGAUGCAGAAACAUUCGACGAAUUAGCGCGACAAGCACAGAAACAUCAGGGGUCGAUAAAUGUUGCCACUCUAACAUUGAAUGUACUAGGGGGGAAAGCUUCUGAUUUAGUAGGAAAAGUUAUGGCAAAAUGUCCGAAGGAGAAGGAAGUGGAACAAAUGAUCACAGGGAAUAAAGUUGAUCAUAUUGAAAAAAUGGAAACCACUUCACCCUUGUGGCGGGUGAGAGGAAAUUGUUUCUUCUGUAAUUCAACUGUGAAGGAUUGUGAGAAUAUGAAAAACGCUAAGGGAAAAUAA